AUGUUACAAGGAUUUUACGUGACACUGAUUAUAUUCUUGGGGAUGAUGGGACAUCUUGGCUCCCUCUUGGAAGCUAAGGAUGCAGCUACGAUCGUCCAAGGGAUGCAGGACCUGAGUCUAAAGACACAUAUCGUACGACAGUCACUUGACGACUUCGAUGGCAGUUUCAUUAAGGCUCUAUUACUCGCUCGUGACGUAUACGAGGUCUCAAAAGCAGCUGAGGUCUCCAGAAAAUCUUUUGAGGACGCUGAGCCGCUGUCGCAGGACGAUGUACCCAACAUUGUGGAGAACUACCACGCAGUCCGGCAGUCAAUCGAUGAUGCCCUGAACGCUGUUCCGGCAAAGAUCAAUUCCAUAGACUCUCUAGGCGUUCGCAUGUUCGCAACCGGGCUUUUGCGAAACUUUGCCGCUGACAGGACCGCGUAUGAGAAGGCGUCGAAGGCGAAGAUACCUGUAGACAAUCAUACAAGUAUCCAGGGCCCCAUCGAUAGCCUUGCAAACUCAUUUGAUACCGCACUCUCGCUGUUUCUGUGA